GAGGGGUAGGGAAGGCAGGCACGCCAGUGAGAGUGAAGAGAGGAGAGAACGAGAAGAGGAAGGAGAGUCGCAGGAAAGCACAGACUGCAGCCAUGAAUUAUUUGCGUCGGCGUCUCUCGGACAGCACGUUCAUCUCCAACCUGCCCAAUGGCUACAUGACAGAUCUCCAGAGGCCUGACAAUGCUCAGACUACUCCACCUGCCUCCACCACCCCUGUCAAGUCUCCUACAACUGGGCCUGCACCUCUAGCCACUUCCCCUGCUCCAGAGAGGAAACCCCAGCAAUCUCAGUCCACCGGAGCUGGCUUCUUUAGCUCCAUCACCAACGUUGUUAAGCAGACAGCUGCCUCAGCAGGGCUAGUGGAGCAGUCCCAAGUCACGACGCCUAAGAAGUUCAAGAUUCUCCUGGUAAUUGACGAACCACAACAGGAGUGGGCAAAAUUAUUCCGGGGAAAGAAAGUACAUGGAGAUUAUGACAUCAAAGUGGAGCAGGCUGAAUUCAAUGAGAUCAACGUUGUGGCUCACGCCAACGGGAACUGCAACGUUAACAUGCAAGUUCUCAGAAAUGCUACCAAGGUUAUCAGGUCAUUCAAGCCAGACUUUGUCCUCAUUCGUCAACAUGCCUUCAGUAUGACCCAGAAUGAAGAUUUUCGCAACUUGAUCAUCGGUCUGCAGUAUGGAGGGGUCCCAUGCGUCAACUCGCUUGAGUCCAUCUACAACCUGUGUGACAAGCCAUGGGCGUUUGCCCAACUUAUCAACACCCACAGGAAGCUAGGUGCCGAGAAGUUCCCUCUGAUUGAGCAGACCUUUUACCCAAACUACAAGGAGAUGGUCAGCAUGCCAUCGUUCCCUGUUGUUGUGAAGAUUGGACACGCCCACUCCGGUAUUGGAAAGGUGAAGGUGGACAAUCACAGUAAGUUCCAGGACAUAGCCAGUGUCGUGGCUCUCACCCAGACGUACACCACCACAGAACCUCUCAUAGACUCCAAGUACGACAUCAGAAUCCAGAGGAUUGGCUCUGACUACAAAGCCUACAUGAGAACGUCUAUAUCUGGCAACUGGAAGACCAAUACGGGCUCAGCCAUGCUCGAACAGGUGGCCAUGACUGAUAGGUACAAGCUGUGGGUUGACACCUGCGCAGAGAUUUUCGGGGGUCUGGAUAUUUGCGCAGUCAAAGCUAUCCAUGGGAAAGAUGGCAGAGAUUUCAUCACAGAGGUGGUGGGCUCUUCCAUGCCCCUGGUGGGGGAGCACCAGGCGGAGGACAGACAGCUCAUCGCUGACAUGGUGCUGGCUCAAAUGGCCCAGUUAGCAGAGAAGGAAGCCAAUGCUCCGCAGAGACCCACCACCAUUCAGCCAUCACAGGGAGCUGGCCAGAAGGGAGAGAUUGUUGGUGACACCACUAAGAACGGGGCUGUGCAGCCGCCUCAAGGUUGUCUGCAGUACAUUCUCGACUGUAAUGGCGUUGCAGUGGGUCCGAAACCAGUCCAGGCCAACUGAGUCACCCAGCAGAAAGUGGGGAAUUCUCAAACGACGUACUAGCUGAACACAAGCGCAGACGUGCGUGCGUGUGUGUGUGUGUGUGUGUGGAUGCUAAUAGCUAGAAUCAGAUCUUGGUGACGUGAGCUCGGGUACAGCUGAGUGCUGCCCUGGACUGUGUUUUUAACUCUAUGCAGUGUCAAAAUGUACUGUCGUCUAUUGUUGACCUGUUGAUUUGUGUGCUUGUAUAGGUCACCUAUGUUUCAGUCGAUGUGGUUCUUUCUUUGGGGCUGUUGUUGAUGAUGUACAAAGCAGAUUGUGCCUACACUGAGUCCAGUGCUGCUCUGUGCUACCUGUUUGACCCAGCUAUGAAUCUUUUAUUUGCCCCCUGCCCCCUGCCCCCCCCCCCCCCCCCCCCACUGCUCUGUUUUCUAUUUCGGUGUGUACCUUUAGAUAUUGUUCAAACUGUGGACUAUCGUGCAGUUUGAAGUUUGUGUUUAUCUCGAUAUGUAUACAGUAUGUGAGUAUGUAUGGCUGUAGUGGUGAUUAUUUUCAUACUAAUACUAAUAGAUUUUUAUUUUUGUUUUGCAUGAUUGACACAAAGGAAGGUGCAAGUCAGUUAUUAACGUCUGAUCAAGUGGGAUGUUCCCGCAACAUACCCAAGCUGUGUUCCCUGUGAUUCAAACAUUGUGAAUGUGUCAUAAGAAAUCAUAUAAGUUCUAUAGCGUACAUGUAUUCCUUACCAAACAUGCAUUAACGCAGUGUGCAUACACAUACAGUAUGCAGUAUAUGUCACCAGAAAAGAGAUUAUUUAGAGUGAUUUAGGAUACUAACAGAUAAUAAAUAUUUAAACUUAGUCUAAGAUUUAUGAGCUCUAUCAAAUAUAAAGAUUUUAUUAUGUAGGAUGUUGUGCAGGUGUCUGCACACACAACUUAAAUAGAUUUAUAUCAUUUUUAACCAAAGAAUAAAUUAUUUGCUUUUAAUCAGUCUUUGCACUCCAGUAACCCACAAUGUAAAUAUCAGCGAGGGGACUGCAGUGUGUGUGUGUGUCAUUUCACCAGAGAACAGCUGCUCCAACACAAUACUUACAUGUUUUCAAAUAGACUGUUGUAACCACACGCCGGUGAACUGAUGCUGUAUAUUUAAAUUGUUGUCGUCUUUUCGCGUUCGGUUGUGUGGAGGCAGGCGUUACAGCUGAUUAUAAAAAGGUGAAUAAUGUAUGAUCUGCCACGUAAUGCCCCCGCCAGUGGCCCUCAUACUGGAUAUUGGCUAUCGUGGUGGUGUUGCUAUGACAACAAUGCAAGUGCUCUGAGGUUUUAGUGUUUGUGUUACUACCGUUCAAAUACUCAACACUCUUCCUGUGAGUUGAUGGAAAGUGCAAUACAAAUCUUUGUUUUUUUACUCAUAAAUCUAUUCAUUUUGAAAUCAGAUCUUCCACCGAAUUAAUUCAAAAAGCUAUAGUCAUCCACACAUUCAAGUGUUUUUAAACGUUUUUACACAAAUGUCACGAUCACUUGGCUUACGUGGAGGCUAUUUCAUGUAUCUUAAUACCCUAAAUGGUGAAACAGCUAAAAAAAAAGCAACCAAAUCAAGUGUAAAAAGAAAUCUGUGCCGUUUUCCAACAAUUUAUUUGUUACUAUAGUAUAAAAUAUGUUCUGCAAGCUCUGUGUGCAAUUCUUUUCCAAGUUGUAUAAAGUGCCAUUGUAUCUGUGAGCGUAUCCUUGUAAAAGCCAUGCCUGAGGCUUUAUGGGUGUGUUGUUCUGUUCAAUAGGAAAUAUGCCAUGGCAUUGACUUCCGAGGGAGGAGCGUGCAGAGGAGCUGCAUGGUUAAACCUUGGUUCAGUGAUCGUGAUUGAAUAUUUGAUAAAAAAUGAUAACUGGACGUGUUAUUUGGCCAAUGUGUUGAGGUGAAACUUAUAUCUUCAGACCUGCAGGACUUUACCUAUUAAGGGCCAUGUUAACUUGCUAAAUAUACAACCGGUGUUUGACUGUUUAAAUCAAGAUCAGAGUACAAUAUAUUGUGGAAGAACGUCCUUUCUGGAUAUUUCUCCUCUGUCACUGGCAAUAAAGCUUCCUUUCCAAUAUA